UAUUUAUUAAUAGAGUACUGAAUAAAGUCUGUGGUGUGCUUUUCAGCUGGGCAUCAUUCAAAAUGAAGACCAUGUUAACGUAUUUUUUACUAAUUUCUAUUCCUGCAAUAAUAUCCUCUGAUAUAAUAAUAGAAGCAGACCGCCAACAGAGUGACUAUGUGAAUCCUGGGUCAAGUAUUUCGAAGUUGUCCCAAAGAACAGUGAAGAAGAGGAGCCCAACGGACCCCAGACCAACACCUCUGCGGGAGCUCGAAAUCUACAGCAUGAAGAUUGACUCCAAAGUCACAUCUCGAUUUGCUCACAAUGUGAUAAACAGUCGAAUGGUGAAUCGAGCCAAUGCGUCGCAGGAAGCUUUCUUUGAGAUCGAGCUGCCCAAAACAGCCUUCAUCACCAACUUCAGCAUGACUCUGGAUGGAGUGACCUAUGUGGGAGCUGUGAAAGAGAAGGAAGCUGCACAGAAACAGUACCAACAAGCAGUUUCAAUGGGACAGACUGCAGGGAUUGUACAGCGAUCGGGAAGAAAAAUGGAAAAGUUUGAUGUGUCCGUAAAUAUUGCACCAACCAAAAAAGUCACAUUUGAACUAACGUAUGAAGAAUUAUUAAAACGGCACUUGGGCAAAUAUGAAAUGAGCAUCCGAGUGAACCCCAAGCAGCUGGUCAAUCACUUCCAGAUUGAUGUACAUAUUUUUGAACAACAAGGAAUUUCCUUUCUGGAUGUUGAUGCAAAGUUCCCAAAGGAUCAGUUGGCUUCAAUUGUGAGGAAGAGUCUGAAUGGAACGAAGGGGCAUGUUUCCUUCAAACCAUCUCUGAGACUACAGCGCAAGUGCCGUGAUUGUCUUGAGACAGUUCUGGAUGGAGAAUUCAAUAUAUAUUAUGAUGUCCAUAGAGAUCUGUCUGCAGGCUCUAUUCAGAUUGUAAACGGGUAUUUUGUGCAUCAUUUUGCACCUGCCAACUUAACCAAGAUUCCCAAAAACGUUAUAUUUGUGAUAGACCACAGCGGAUCCAUGUCAGGCACUAAAAUGCGACAGACAAAUGAAGCCCUUUUAAAAAUACUGGAUGACAUGGACGAAAAGGAUCAUUUUGCUAUUAUAAUAUUUGAUGAUGCUCAUGAAACAUGGAGGAAUUCCCUGUUUCAAGCAAGCCGGAAAAAUGUGGAUGAUGCCAAAACAUUUGUGCGAACAAUUAUGUCCAGUGGAGCAACAAAUAUAAAUUCCCCUAUGCUGAAAGCAGUGGAGCUUCUGAACAAGGCCCAUCAAGAAAAGAAACUACCUGAAAGGAGUGUCUCCAUGAUUAUUUUGUUAACUGAUGGUGAUCCAAAUACUGGAGUAUCAAAUCCCAACAAAAUCCAGAAAAACGUGAAAAAAGCAGUAAACGGCCGGUACAAUGUGUACACCCUUGGGUUUGGUUUUGAUGUUAAAUUCAGCUUUCUGGAGAAAUUGGCACUGGAAAAUAACGGUUUAGCACGACGGAUUUAUGAAGAUUCAGAUGCUUCUUUACAGCUCCAGGGUUUUUAUGAUGAAGUGGCCAACCCCUUGCUUCUUGAUAUUGAGUUGCAAUACCCAGAGAUUGCCAUUUCAGAUUUAACUCAAGCCAGAUUCAGGCAGUAUUACGAUGGGUCAGAAAUUGUUGUAGCUGGCAGGAUCAUAGACAAUACAUUGGAGUCACUCGCAACAGAGGUUGUGGCACAAGCGGCUAAUGAAACCCUGACCUUAAAGGUUGAUGUGAACAUAGCAGAGGUCGAGAAUGUUACUCAACAACAAUACAUUUUUGGUGACUUUACUGAGCGAUUGUGGGCUUAUUUGACCAUACAACAACUCUUAGACCAAAGGAUUACUGCGGAUGAAAUAAAAGCAAAACGUCUAACAGAUAGAAUCCUGGAACUUUCACUGAAGUACAGCUUUGUCACACCACUAACUUCAAUGGUUGUCACAAAACCAAACGAUGCAAAGAAUGAAACCCUCGUGGCUGACAAACCAUCAGAAAAUGAAAAUGGCAGGGAGCCGUUUCCUAUGAGAAACAACAGACAAAGAAAAAGAUUACAUUCACAUCAUGGUGUUUCGAUGUCCAGUCACCCAGGAUCACAUGGACAUCAUGGUUUUCAGGUGGCCGGUCAACCAGGAUUAUUUUCAUUUCGUGGUGGUUCGGUGUCCAGACAACGAGCCCGGCCAAGGAACAAAGGAAUAUUACAUAGCGUUCGGACCACUUUGGUUCAGACAAAAGCCUUCCUUGUUAAAGAAGCAACAUACGAUAGUUUAGCAGAUGAUUAUGAUGAUAUGGCAGCAACCCAAAUUAGUUUACCAGAUUAUCAUGAUAUACCAGCAACCCAAAUUCGUUUACCAGAUUAUCAUGAUAUACCAGGAUCAGACCUUAUGCCGGACAGUUACGACCUGACACUAGUUGACAGUGAUCCUCAUUUCAUCACCUCAGUCAAUAGUCACAAAGAUACUGUUUGUUUCAACAUUGAUGGGAAACCAGGUUUGAUUCUAAAUCUGAUCACGGAUCCAUUUACAGGCUUCGUGGUAAAUGGCCAGUUGAUAGGAGAGAAGAAAGUAGAAAAGAAUAAGAAAAUAAACACAUACUUUGGAAAGUUUGGAAUUGUGAACAGCAACAUGGAUGUAAAGGUUGAAGUAUCGACUGAUGCAACCACAAUGUCUCAUGGAGAAGACAAGACGGUUUUCCCGUGGUCUGUAACUACAUCUGUAACAAUGGAGAGCUUCUCAUUCUCAAUUGUGAAAGAAACAAAUCUCACACUGGUGAUGGGAGGUGAGGCAAUAUUUGUUAUCGUGCUGCAUCGCGUCUGGAAAUAUCAUCCUCUACACCGGGACUUCCUGGGAUUUUAUACACUCGACAGCCACAGGCUCUCCAACAUGACCCAUGGAUUAAUUGGACAAUUUUACCAUGAACUGAAUGCUGAUAUCUCUAACAUUCGCCCUGGCUUAGAUGAAGGCAAACCUGAUGCAACAAUGGUUGUGAAGGGUCACACACUCAGAGUCACAAGGGGCUACCAGAAAGAUUACAGAUUUGAUCCGAUACGAGGUAACAACAUUUCAUGCUGGUUCGUUCACAACAACGGGGAAGGAUUUAUUGAUGGAACUCUGACUGACUACACUGUCCCUUCAUUAUUUGCCCCCCUGCGUCCAAUACCCAAGUGAUGGUGAAAACCCAUCCCUUUAAUAUCCUUUGCAUGCCUUUCGUGUUUAAUCAUUUUCCAUGUAGUGUACAUAUUGAUUAAAAAUAUAUCUGCAUGCA